CUCGGGGCCGACUGAUCAUUACCACCACCACCACACCCCCGUUCCCUCCCCGGCAAGAUCGCUGCAUAGGCCUUAUCUCUUCCUCCAACCUCGAGCGCUUUUCAAACCUUUUUAUUUUCCCUGACCUGUCCCCCGGAUUUGGCUUGAUCUUGGCCCAGGUCUCUUGUCCAUGUUGGAGAGAGCAGGUCUGAUCCGCGAUUCUGGUGUCAGCCCGGGGCCGAGCCUGUUGUUGCACCGUACCGCCCUUCGAUUGCUUACAUUCAAACUCAGCCUCUGGCUCCUGUCCAGGAUUAUUUUUUGUAUUUGAAAAUCCUGUCUCUAACCUGCGGAGUGAGCUUGAGGUGAAAUGGGUUACCUUGGCGAUGAGAGGGCAGUCAUGCUGCAUUCCAGAGCAGUUCGCUGUCAAACUUCACUGUCGGUUAUGAGGAGCCAGUGAUGACAUGGGUAAUAGGAGAGCAGAAUAGUACAACUGUGGAAGGAGUUCCUCUCCAAAUGGUAUUCGAUCGUUUUCUCUUGGACUUGUAGAAGAUUUUAAUUAUUUGGAGAAAAUGGGGACACCUGGAUCUGGAAGGAAGCGAACACCUAUUAAAGAUAGAUUCUCAGCUGAAGAUGAAGCCCUGAGCCACAUUGCCAGAGAGGCAGAAGCCAGGCUUGCAGCGAAGCGGGCAGCCCGAGCAGAAGCCCGAGAUAUCCGAAUGAAAGAACUGGAACGACAGCAGAAAGAGAUUUCUCGUUCAUCUGGUAGGAAGUGGGGAGAGAUUCAUCAAUGGAUGGAGAAUGCAGAACGUGCCAAGCAUUCUUACAGGCCUAGCCGACAUCACGUGGCAGCAAAUCAUGAUACCUUGCCUGUUCACAGUGCUAGCAGUCAAAGGCAUUCCUCCCUUGAUGUGGGUCUGUUACAGAGAAGCAGCUCAAGACGAAAUAACCUUGUGAUGACUUCUUACGCAAAGGACAAGUCAGUUCAACUUGAGAGAACCUCACGAGCUAGUUCUGUUUACACAGAUGCCCAUGCAAUCAGGAAGAAACUCUCCACUUCGAAUAAUGACUUCUUGAGUGGAAUGUACCACAACCAAAGAAAGCUCAGCACCUUAAAUAGCAUUAAAUCCUCCUCCUCUUAUACUCGGCCAUCAUCUCUCUAUAAUAUUUCUGUUACAACAUCCAAGAAUUACAGGGCCUCUUCUAAUUUGGGCCAGGGCCUAAUUCGAAGCCAGAGUUUGGUUGGUAUAAUUUAGCUGCAUGGGCUGUAAAUAGAAAGCUGAAACAUUGUAGUUGCUCAUAGCAGUAAUUGCUUGUCUGCAACUGAUAAUUUGUUUGGUUAUUUAACAUCUCCGGUCUCUGAGUUUACUCAGUACAUGACAUUGACAAUAACAAAAGGUAUUCUGUGAUGAUUAGUAUUGGCAAUGGCAAAAUUGCAUUUUUAACAUUGUGCUUGUUGCCUUUAAGUGCUACGGUCUUGUUUUAUUGCGCAUCAUGUACCAAAGCAAAGCUGAGAGCUCAUGAAUAAAUCUUAAUAUAUCUUUUGACGUUAACCUUAUAGUACAUAUGUCCACCAUAAUAUGGACUGUAAACUAAUGCAUCAAGGCAUUGCUGGAGAUGCAAGUCAGCCAGUAUUUGUGGAGAGGAACACAGUUAAUUUUUCAGAUCCUUGACCUUUCAUCAGAAAGAAGUUCAUUUGCGGCCUGCAACAUUAUUGUUUUGGUUCUGUGUUUAUAGUAGAGCUGUACUAUUACACUGCACUAUUGUGAUAUUUAGUUUUCAAUUAUGUGUCACUGGUGAACACGUUAUCUUCUGGUCUGAUCUGAUCGUACUUUAUUGAUCAAGCUAAGUACCAGAAAGAAACUUUGCAUGCAGAAUGUUUUUUUUCUUUUAGUCAGUUAACAUCCAAGUUAGUCUCUGAUUCCUCAUGGUUUCUUUUUCAUGGACUGUGCAGUCAAUUUGAUAGGCCCUUUUCAAAUCUAUUGUCUUAGGCUUUCACACAAAUCUGAAAGCCUAAAAUUUCUCAAUUCUAAAAUAAUCUACACAUUUCUAACCAGAAGAGUUUAUUUAAAAUGUUUCGCAAGCUAAAAUCUCUCAUGUAAAUGGUUCCCUGAACUACUGCUGGGAGAGAAACUAAACUGACAUCUAAACUGAACAGGCUU